AUGAUCAGUCUUGGUAUGGGAUUACUUGUUGGCUUUCUCAGUUUGUGUACCGCUAAAUUGAUUAGAACAAAGAUAGCCAUUCUUGGUGGUGGAAUGUCCGGUGUGAUGGCUGCUAAUACUUUAUCACAAAAUGGAAUAUCAGAUUUUUUAAUUAUUGAAGCAGAAUCAGUUCUUGGAGGUCGAAUAAAAGAAACAACAUUCGACAAAUAUAUUAUUGAAUUAGGUGCUAAUUGGAUUGCAGGUAUUCAAAAUCAUAAAACUCGAAAAGAAAAUCCGAUAUGGACGAUGGCGAAAAAAUACAAUCUUUCAAGUACUUCCAGUGAUACUAAUAAUUUAUUGACCUAUGAUCAAAAUGGUUUUCGAAAUUAUUUAGACGUCGUAGAUCGAGCAUUCGUUCAUUUCGACCAAGUGUUGUACGACGCUGAAAAACGAGAAGAAUCAAACCUUGAAGAUCUAUCAUUUGCCGAUGGUCAAAGACUUCGAGGAUGGAUGCCUGAGACAUCAUACGAAAAAGUAGCCGAUUGGUGGGCAUUUGACUUCGAAUUUGCUGAUACUCCUAGUGCAUCGAGUAUGAUUCGAACAGCAGCUAAUGAAAAAGCAACUCACGGUCAGUGGUCAGUUCAUGAUCAAUUUGUUACGGAUCAACGAGGAUACGCAUUUUUGGUGCGUCAAAAAGCUAAAACAAUUGCCACUAAUAAAAACAUUUUAUACAACAGCAUCGUAACAAAAGUAACAUAUUCAAACGAUUCAGUAAACAUUACAUUGAAAGAUGGUCUCAUUAUCUGGGCUGAUUAUGCUAUCUGUACAUUUUCAAUUGGUGUUCUUCAACAUAAAGAUGUGCAGUUUAUGCCACAAUUUCCAGUCUGGAAACAGGAAUCGAUUUUUUCAUUCAAAAUGGUAACUUAUACAAAAAUCUUUCUUCAAUUUUCUCAUAAAUUUUGGGAUAAUGUACAAUUUUGUUUAUAUGCUGAUCCUUACAGACGAGGUUAUUAUCCUUUAUGGCAGUCAUUGAGUGAGAUCGGGUUUUUGCCUGAUAGUAAUAUUUUAGUCGUCACCGUUGUUGGUGAUCAAGCAUUGAUUGUUGAGGCGCAAAUUAAAAAUCGAACAUUGACAGAGAUCAUGGAAGUAUUGAGAUCGAUGUAUGGGAACAAUAUUCCAGAGCCAAAUAACUUUUAUUAUUAUCGAUGGACACUAGAUCCGUUGUAUCGUGGUUCUUAUAGUAACUGGCCGACGGGUACUUCACAAUGUCAACAUCAGAAUUUGGGACGACCAGUUGGGCGACUUCAUUUCGCUGGUGAAGCAUAUUCACGAGAAUACUACGGAUUUGUACAUGGAGCAUACAUAGAAGGGCUGAAAACAGGCCAAAAACUAGCAGAUUACGUGCUAGGAAAAACAUUUACAGCAGACAAUCGAGAUUAUUCAUGUAAACAAUAUUCAUCGCGAGAGCAAAAACAGAUAAUACUUUCCUUAUUGUCAAGGCUCCAAAGUCACAAGAAUUCUAAAAAUGCAAAAGUUUCGAUUUACGCACCGAGUCAAAAUUCUUUCGACGUCGAACAUUGA